CGAGUGGCUUUGAUUGAGUGUUUUAAGGUUAUGGGGGAAGUGUAUUACAAGAACCAAGUUUCUGUGUGAAAAGUAAUUUUAGGAUACAUAGAAAUAAUGGAGCCUACUAUUAAAAGAUUUUAUGGAACUUUACAAGUUGAGUUAGAAAGAGCUAAAGAAGAUUUAAAGGGAGUAGAAGAAAGCAUAAAGAAAAUUAUAGGAAGAGAUCCAAAUGAAAGUCCAUCAAUAAGACCCAGUUUAAAACGGACAGUAAGUGUAGUGGAGCCAACUUUCAACAGGACCAUACCAGCAGAACUUGAAUUCAACAACCGAAUUCGUCAUUUCAAUUCUUCCAGAAAAGAUGCUAAAAUUGCAAGGAUUGAAGAAGAAAGACCAUCUAUUAAAAGAAGAUUGGGUGAUCCGAAAACUGUUUUUAGCAGAUUAUCAGGACCACCAAGGCCUAGAAAAGAGGAGCGUGGAGGAGGAGACGAAGAUUUUGGCAUUUCUAAGCCAGCAGUGCCUUCUCAAGUAACGGUGACACCAAGAGAAGUACCAUCAAGACAACAGGUACUGGCAGCGCAGGGCACAGAUGAGACUAGCAAGGCGAGGAAUCGGCGAAUGUUUGGUGCUCUCUUGGGAACCCUACAAAAGUUUCGACAAGAGGAGACACGGCUAAAGGACAGGGAAGAGAAGAGGGCGCAGGUGGAGAAGAAACUGGAAGAAAAUGCAAAGCGGGAGAAGGAGGAACUGAAGCGGGAGCGGCAGGAGCUGUUCCAGAACCGGAAGCGGCGGCAGGCGGACAUCCGGAACAUCGAACUGAAGAUGAUACGACUACAGGAGCAAGAAGUGUGGGAAGCCAGUCAGAAACAUCUGCUCAAUUUCAUUCAGACGAAAGCAAAACCUCACAUCUUCUUCCUGCCCAAGAAACAUUCACCUAAGACUGAAGAGCUUCUACAAUCCAGCCAGAAGCUCAUUAACAAAAUGAUAGAAAAGAAGCGUGAGGAGGUGAAAGCAGAGGUGGCCGCAAUCCUGAAGAGAGGCCACCCUGAGGACGAGGAACAUGAAAUGGAAGUAGAGGCAGAAGAGGGGGGAGAAGAUGUGACGGACAAGGAGAACCAAGAGGUCGCCGACAAUGUAAAUGAGGAGAAAUUGAACACAGAAGAUGUAGAGAAGUCUGAUAAAGCUAGUACAAAAGAGGAACCAAUGGUGUGAUGAAGCCCUAAAAUACAUGCAUUAAAAGUUCCAUGGAUGAUUUGGAGCGUUGACUUUUUUAUAAACUACUGAAUAGUGUUCCUCUUUUAGUUUAUGUGAUUGAUUGAAGAAUUUAUCUUUUGAGAUCAACACAGCAUAGUAAUUAAAGUCUUGUAUUAAUUGUUCUCCACAAUACAAUACAACGUAGCAAAAGAUGGUACUUGUACCUGAUUGCAAUUGACCCUUGUAUACUCUUAGUACUAAGUAACCUCAGUGUCUCAGCUAACGCUCAGAAAGUUUUGAUUGUUUUUUAAAACUUUUAUAUUAAAUAAUAUAUUUUUAUUAAGUUUUCAAUCUAUAUGACCUUUAAAAGUCAAUUAUGGACUUUUUAUGUAGAAGUUUUCACACUGCUUGUCAACAUUUUCUUGAUAUAUGAUCCAAAAAAGAUACUAAUAUAUGACAAUUGAAUUUGGAAAUGCAUACAUUUUUACUAAAGAACAUGAUUAUAAGCAGACUAAAUUAUAUAAUAUCAGAGGUAAUAUCCUUCAGAUCAUAGGAAUUUUGAUAUUUGCCGUCAUUACAUGUUACAAAAAAUAUAAAAUUACAUUUCGAGGAUUGAAAUCUACCCUCUUCCUUAAGUGUCAAAAACCCUAAUAAAUAAGGUUAAACAUGUAAAAAAUAUGAUAGAUUUCAAACCUCAAAAUGUAGUGUUCUAUUUUUGUAACAUAUAAUGAUGGCAAAUGUCCGAAACCAUAUUAUUCUUUCAUAUCAUUCAUCGUCAAUAACAAAUUUUAAACUAAGCAUCUUCAGACCAAUAGCAAUAGCUUAGUUCUCCUUUCUUAAGAGAUUAACUCUAUUCUUGAAGAAUUGUAUUGUAGAGAUGCCUUUAAUUGUAAAAUUAAAUUCAUUAUGAACUUGAAAGUUUUCAACUUGAUACUAAAUAAAUUGUAUUAACAAGCCAGAUAACCAAGUAGACUUGUUUGUAUUAUUGUACUUCAUGUAUAAUAUGUAUCUGUUCAUAAUAAUACAAAGUAAAGGUUUAGUGCGUAAAUAUGAUAAUGAUAUUAUUAUUGGACAGAAAUUUAAGGUAAAUUAAAUAGUAGGAUUGUGCGAGUACUUGGAAUUUCAAGUCAAGUUGAAUCUCCAAAUAAAUAUUGAUACUUGCAACUUGUGUCAAGUUUGCAUUAUAAAGUGACUGGAAAAAGUGAAAUGGUGAGUGGGUGGGCAACCUACGACAGUGGCACAGUGUCGCAUUACGUCAUGAAAUAAGCAUUGACAGUAAUAGACCUCAAUAUGAAACAAUCAAUUGAGUCGUUUUUGCCACACCUUUAACCUGUACCAACACCAGUGUGGUUAGACCAUGGACACAGCAACAUAAGCAGAAAGCAAUAUUUAACAUCAAGAUGAAGUAAUAUAAAUUAACUAGCUGUUUAAAGUACUACAUGCACGUUUGAAUUGUGAGCAAUAAACAAAAAAAGUAGGAGUUUGCGACAAUAUACGUCAUGUAUCAAUCAGGCUUCGCUGAAGUUACAUGUCAGUUUUCAAGUCUAUAUCAGUUCAGUAUAGUUGUCUAUGUCAUGUCAGUGGUUCUGUCAUUCUCGUGACAGAGAGCCAGGCAAUUGUGCAUAAAAGAAAUUUUCACAGUCCCCAAACCGGCGGCAGAGAGAAAUUUUUAUAGCCUAUUGAGUGAUAGGCUUUAGUGAGGCUUGGCCAAAUCCCAUGAAACGACAAGAUCCAUUAUUGUACUCAUUCUUGGCUAUGUAGUAAUGAAGUUUCAUUUAUCCACAGAUGAAAUCUUUCUUGAAAUAUCUUAUGAAUAGUUGGGCUAUGCAAACGCUUAGCCAAUAAACGUAUUCUUUGUAUGUGUUUCUUACAAAUUUAAUUUAUGUAUUCUAUUUCAUAUAAAUGAUCAAAUAGCUUCUUUCUGAUCUUUUAUCUUGCAAAUCAAGAUAGUCGGAUCUGAUGUGCUGGAGUGCACUCUAGUUAUCAUAUUACAGACAAUCUUGUGUCACUCACAGUUUAGCAUCAGGGUCAUCCUUCUGUGUAUAUGCUUACCUUCGUAUGCUUCCUUAAUUUCACAUGAUUCUUCAACACUUCCCAUCUUUGAGUAGACAAGGAGAAGAAAUUAUGUAGUCUUUGCACAAAUGGAAAGAAUAGUGUUCAUGAAUUUUGUGCAGCAAAAUAACAUACCAGUGUUCCAGUAGCAGGCAGCACUGGCAUAAAAUCAGCAAGAUGAUAUUUGCUUCGUGUUCUUGCUUGAAGACCAAAGUAUAUACCCAACAACAAGUUUGGUGCAUUGUCAUAGCUUUGACCUUGACAGUUGCCGAUAUCUAGUUAGAGUUCCUCAAGUUUUAGAGUCACCUUCCUCAUUUAUGAAAGACGCCAGGUGAUUAUUUCAUAAGGCGGCCAUUGACACAAAGAACUGGUGAUUGAAAUAUAACGCAAUACUAUAGCCAGUUGAUCUGUAUUAGAAGGAUCAUUUAUAGAGUAUGAUGAACAUAACAAAAUAUGAAUUGGUAAGAAAUCGCUUUUGAAUCUUCAGCCAUUGUUUGUCUUUAUACUCUAGAAUUAUUGGGGUACUCGACUUGACUUAAAAAUUCUGUGCUCCCACACUUCUAUUUGAUGGGUUUGUCUCAAAAUAACAUAAACAACUAUUAAAAUUUAAUAUGUCUGUAAAGUUUCUUAUGCUUGUUUAUAUAUCUUUACAUAGUUUGUCUCUUUUGUUUCAGCGGUUGAUUAAAGUAAUAAUUGCGUGAAUAAAAAUACCCCAGUAUGAGUAUUAUUGAACUCUAUUUUUUUCAGUGCAACCCUUUUAAGUGUACUCUUAUAGACUAUAAUUUUUUUACUUAAUUUUGUAAAUAUUGUACAGAUAUAUGUGUAGUCAUUUUAUAGAGCUGCUUAUUUGUUGAUGUGUUGAAAAUAAGAACUUUAAUUUAAAUUGUGAAGCUAUGUCAAUAUAAUAGGCUAAAAUGAAAAAAAGGUUUUAUAAAGGUUCAAAUUUAGACUAAGAAGAUUAUUUAAGUAGUUUGUUCUUUUUACAUUACUGGUAAUACUUGGCUAUAAUAAUGUUAAUUAUUUUAUAAACAAAUAAAAUUUUAAUUUUUAGGUCCAAUUUGACUUAGUUACCAUCAGUAAAAUCCUAAAUAAAUAUUUGUGACAGUA